GCAGGAGGUGGGACUUAAAGUGAUUAAAGUAUUUAACCGGAAGAGAAAAGCACGUGUUGUAAAUCUGCGGUACUGUUUGUUGUGAUUAUUUUAUUUACCUUUUUUCCUGCGUGUGAAAGAAAUAAGCGGAAAUGGAAAAUUUGGUGUUGUUUAGACUUCAGCAUGAAGAAAGUAAACUGCUGGGAGUUCAGUCCCAGCAUGGGGAAACUGCUGAGAAGUUCACCAGGGCCUUCCUGAAGAGCAGCGCUCCUCGACUGAGCUGUAGGGAAGCAGAAGACGCCCUGCAGCGUAAAGCUGUGAUGCUGCACUACGCACGAGAGAAGAAGAAGAGAGGAACAAAGACAAAGGCUAAAGGACUUAACGCUAAAGAGAGGAGAGCACUGAGAGUGUUUAAGCUGAAACCUGAGCACCAGAAGUAUGAUCUGUUCCUGCCGCUGCAUGGUCUGUGGAAGCAGUACAUCACUGAGCUGUGUAACGGCCUCAGACCCGACAAUAACCCUCAGGUGAUGCAGCAGAAACUCCUGAAGGCAGAUUUUCAUGGUGCUGUUCUAACAGUUGUGCGCUCUAAAUGCCCCUCAUAUGUGGGCUCCACAGGGAUCCUGGUGCAGGAGCUGAAACAUGUGUUUAAGAUCAUCACGAAGGAGAACAGACUGAAAGCAAGUUCGAGUUUCGUUCCAGUGAGAGAUCAGCAAAAAAAUUCAAGACCAGAGGCACCAUUGACCUGUAAAGAAGCUCCUGACCAUCACAGUGGGCUCUGGAGGGGGAACCCACUGGGGAACUCGCUCUGGAAUUCUUCAUCAUGGUCCUUUAGACCCUGGAAGAAAUUUGUUUGUGACUCUGAGACACAGUUUAGUUAUUUAUUCUCUGUGCUGUAAUUUAUCAGGUUGUUUAGAAAUGCAGAAGUUCUAAUAUCCUCCUCUUCAUGUUCGCUCUCUCAGGAUGUAAAGAAACAAAACAUUUACAGAUCAUUUAUUCAGAUGUUGUAGAAGAUGUUGUGUGUCUGUGUAAAUGGUUUACAUUUCAGAUCUCCAUCUCACGUGACUGUAAUAAUUCUGCUGCUUUUCUCUGCUGAUCUGUUUACAGAUGUAAAUAAACUGUCCAUUUACA